GAAGGAUAAAAAGGUAAAAGUUAUCGCCAAACAAGCCAGCCAAGGAGGAGGAAAUGGCUGCUUCUUCCCUGAACCUACUCCGCUACUUUUACGGUGGCGGCGAACGAGCACCCAGAAGGGCUACAAAGGAAGCGCUUUGCUCGCUUCUACAAAGAAUAUCAUCGCCUUCUCGUCGCUACUGUUGCAGUACGAGAGUAGGUACUGCCGCUGCUAAAGAGCAAUCUUGUCUCAGAAGCUCGGACCUGGUGGCCUUAGAAUAUGCUGACCUCAAUCUCCCUAACAAGGCUCCUGAGGGGUUGGGUCAUGUCAGAAUACGGCAACAUGUCAACCCUCUCAGUUCCUCUUUCUCUAUGCCUGCGCGAGUACCAGACUGGAAUGAAGUCUUCAGGGACCCAACAUUGCCUCUCAUGGUAGAUAUUGGGAGCGGUAGCGGCAGAUUUCUCAUAUGGCUUGCAAAAAGAAAUCCUGAAGUGAGAAAUUAUUUGGGGUUGGAAAUACGGCAGAAACUGGUUAAUCGUGCUAACCUCUGGACAAAGGAGCUGGCUCUUAGCAAUGUGCAUUUCUUGUUUGCAAAUGCCACAGUUUCUUUCGAUCAACUAGUAUUAACAUAUCCUGGACCCUUGAUACUAGUCUCAAUCCUGUGUCCUGACCCGCAUUUUAAGAAAAGGCAUCAUAAAAGGAGAGUUGUGCAGAGGUCUCUUGUAGAUUCCAUCAUAAAGAAUUUAAUGCAUGGGGGACAAGUAUUCGUACAGUCUGAUGUGCUUGAAGUGGCACUUGACAUGAGAAAUCAGUUUGAUGCUGAAGGGGAUGUUCUUCAUCACAUCGAUGCCUUCAACCAGAGUUUGUUGUGUGACACAGAGGGAUGGAUAUCGAGCAACCCCAUGGGGAUAAGGACUGAGAGAGAGAUUCAUGCAGAAUUUGAAGGUGCAAAAAUUUACCGAAGGUUGUACCAAAAAUGGAUAUAAUUAAUGAUAGGCUCUUCUGUCUUGUGUUGUGAGGUGUCUUGUACUGCGAGGUAUCUUGUAGGUAGGACUGUAUUGUUAGGGAUUAUGCCCUGAAAGUCAAUAUCAUUUGUCUGACAUUUUUGGUUUAUUAAUAAAGUUUAUUUUCUAAAA